AUGGUUCUUCUUGUUCUUGAUAAUGUGGAUCACCAGGACCAAUUAGAUAAACUGGCCAUUAGGCGAAGUUAUUUUCAACCAGGAAGUAUAAUUAUCAUUACAACAAGAGAUAAGUCUAUGCUCAAAUUGGCUAAGGUGGAUGAGUCUAAGAUAUAUAUGCCACUGACAUUGGAUUACCAUGAGUCUAUUAAGCUCUUCAGUUGGCAUGCAUUUGAAAAAGACCAUCCUAAUGAAGAUUAUGCAGAGUUGUCAGAGCAAGUAAUCGGUUAUGCUGGAGGGCUUCCAUUGGUACUUACAGUUUUGGGUUCCAAUUUGUCUGACAAGAGCAUAGAUGAAUGGGAAGGUACAUUAAAAACAUUAAAAGUAAUACCUGACAAAGAAAUUCAAGAGAAGCUUAAGGUGAGUUUUAAUUCACUAUGUGACACACAGAAAGAGUUGUUUCUAGAUCUUGCAUGCUUCAUGGUUGGAAUGAAAAAAAAGUAUGCUUUCAAAAUACUCCGAGACUCAUAUUCAGGCCUUAAAAGGGAUCUAGGGGUUUUGGUCCGUCAACGUCUUGUAGCAAUUGAUUGCUCGAACCGGUUGACAAUGCAUGAUAUGAUUAGAGACAUGGGUAGAGAAGUUGCCCGCAGAGAACGCAGCCGACUAUGGAAUCAUGAGGAUGUCCUUAAUGUAUUGGAACAUGACGAGGUAAGAUUCAGAAUCUUAUGUUGA